ACAAGAAGUUCUGAUGGCGUAUAAACUAUUUUCUUUAGAUAGAUCUUACCUCGAAAAUAACUUGAAAAUACUUACAAUUCUGGGAUCACUUCCAUUGUCGAUAACAGGUUUAUGGAAUCCGUAUAAUGGUAGACCAAAGUGGUUGUAUCAUAUUUAUACAAUACUCAUUCCUUUGUUUCUGAUGCCCUUUCGAUCCAUGGGAUUCCUCCGACAAGGUGUCUUAAUGCGUCACGAUUUCAUCGAGUCGACGUUAUCUCUGGUUGUUGGUUUAUCUUAUAUUUAUGGCUGGGUGAAAAUGCUGAAUUUUGUUUUGCAUCGUGCCAACAUCGAGCUCCUGAGUAAUGUACUUAAUCAGGAGAGAUGGCUACCGUGUUCAAAAGAGACUGCUCAAUACAGAAACGAGGUUAUUUCACAUACAAUACGAGUAACAACAAUAUUUACACUGCUAUGGAUAUGUGAGAUAUUUAUCUGUUUACCAUUUUUCUACAUGGAUGAAUUUAUGAAGAGUAAUAUUACGUACGAGGACCUAGCAAUACGUUUCGCCGUGAAUGAAAACUUCUUUGUAGGAAUGAAUCUACGUAUUGUAUCGAUACUUGAUUGUUUAUUAGCGACUCUCAUCGCCGCCGCGACUGUAUCGAAUGAUUGUUGCUGCUUGUGCCAGAUGUAUCACAUCACCAAUCAACUCAGAUUACUCAAUUUUCGCCUGCGUCAAUGCUGUUCCAUCGAUAUUGAUUUCCAGAAAAUAGAAACCUCGAAAAAAUCUCAUACAUUCAACUUUGAGUGUGGCUACAUAUAUUCACAGAAAUCUGAUUUGACUUCAGUUGGAGAGUUCAUCUGUUGUAUUCAGCAUUAUCAAAGUAUCGUACGAAUGGUGAAAAUAAUUAACAAAGUCUACGGACCUAUUUUGUUGCCGCAGUUGAUGACUAGUAUGAUGACAAUAUCCUUCGCGGCUAUUCAUAUAUUGGUGACAAAAACAGUCACCUUCGAGGAACCUGGUUCAGCACUAUUCAUCAUAGCGGGUGCCACCAGCUGCCUAGUGCAAUUGUCGGCCUACUGUUGGGGAGGAGAUGGCAUAAUUAUGGAAAGUAACCGUACCAGUACAGCGAUUUAUACAUGUAUUUGGUAUGAACAAGAUCCAAAAUUCCAUGCCAAUUUAAAAAUUUUCGUUUCCAUGUGUCGGAAUACACUUGUCGUCAACGCCUAUGGACUUUUUGAUCUUUCAUUGGUCACACUGAAAAAUGUACUGGUCAAAUCCUAUUCAGCUAUGGCUCUCAUAAGUAAAGCCAAUGCAUAAUCAACGUAUUUAAUAAAAAUGUGUUAACAUUGUCGUAAAAAUCAUUUGAAAAUGCAAAUAAUGAUGAAAAAUUAUUAGAAUAAUAUCAGUGAGUCAGUGAAUUGGUUCAAAGAAGGUAAUGUCUUUGCUUUAAUGGGCAAAAUCUAGAAGAUUACUGAAUAGAAAGCAGAUGGAUACAGGUCCUCAUCCCGAUGAAAAGCGCACAACAUCGAAGAUAAAGUUUGUGAUAAUAAAGGUAUAUGAUGCGGCAAUAUUGUGAUAAGCUCACGGAACCUUCCAUUCACAUCACACUCAUCAAAAUCCAAAAUCGAUACAACUCAAAGAUCCAGGCAACUUCGAGCCCAUGGCGCAACGCAAAACCAUAUGAUAAAAUCCAAGUACAUUCUGAUACCAUUUCAUACCUGUCAUCUAUACCUUUUAUAUCAUAUUCACAUCGAACAUUGGAUGACUGACAUUGGAUCCUACAUUGGAUGAUUGACAGCGCCUGUCCAGUCAAAUUAUCAUAUCCACAUAUCGAAUGAAAUUGAAUGGGAAUACGGGGAUAAUUUAUUUCUUAGAAAUUAGCUAAGUCCAGCGGAAAAAAAUUAA